UUCUCCACGUUUCCAUCUCUUUACCUCGAGCCCUCCCACCUUCCCUCUCUUCCUGCCUUUAAUUACGGUGCCUCCGAUUGGUCCGAUCGCUCAGAAACUUUCAGCCAAUCAGGCGUCUUGUUGAGUUGGCCCUUGACCCCCCUCAGGUAGUCCCCCUGUGUCCCUGUGUGCGUUUUUCUACGUGUAGCGUUAAUGAAUACUUGUUGGGUGUGUUUUUUGUGUGUGUGUCAGAGAUGACGGGCUCCGUUUAAAACCCUCGACCGAUCCCUUCAUCAGGGCAGUCUGUCAGAAGGGCCGCAGGGACAGGGUGCACCAGGAGUCUCUUUUAUACAACACACACACACACACACACACACAUACACAAACACAGGCACUUGUGUAGAUUCCACCUCUGGAUCCGCAGACAGACACGCCGAUAAACUAACCACAGGUAAGAAACCAGAAAACACAAGAGGAGUGACGUCUGUGCUGCUGCAUGUUUAGGUUGGUAGAUUUAGGUACUUACCAAAGGAUUCAAGUUCAGGUUUGAAGUCAAGUUUGACUGCCGGAAAAACACCUGGUUCUGUUUUUUUAUGAUGACAAACCAGUAGCUGCAACACAGCUGGAAGCCUUGUGGCAACAUGUUUGUUUAAAGCCUCCAAAUCAAGAGUUUUCCAAGCUGCAGGGGUCACGUCCUGCUCUCCAGGUGAAAACUAGCACAAGUCUGGUGUCUCAGGUUGUGAUCGGAGUGAAAAUUUAACACCUUGUAACUGUUUUUUUUCUUCUGGACUGCUGAGCUUCUUGCAGGUAAUGAACUAUUUUGGAGAGAGAGCAUCCAAUUCUAAAAUGCAGCUGUAUGGUAAAAUUGACAAAAAUAGGUGGUGAUUUAGUCACAGCGGUAGAUAAAAAUGUCACUUUCUUACUCUGCGUGGUUUGAUUUCUUUGCAGCAGUAAUCAAAGAAUGUGUCUACAGUACAUCUUUAAAGUCAUAAUGUUUGAAGAGAAAGAUGUGUUUUAUAAUUUUGAGCCAUUUUGACACCAGUUUUCGGUGUUGACAGGAGAAGAAGAAGAGGAGGCGAAGUCAUGGCUGGACGAAGGAGAGCCGGUAUCUCCGGUGUGAUGGUCACCGCUCUGCUGGCUGUGAUGUUGCUGCCUGCGUUCUUGUCUGCUGGACCGAUCAUGCAAAGGGCCAAAGGAGAUGCGGGAGAGAGUAUCCAGGAGAGGGCGGCAGUUGCAGCGUCACACAGGAGGCUGAUCCGCAACCGCAGGAACAUCAGCUGGUAUAAACAGCACUCUGACUUCUGGGGCUGGUACAAGUACUUCACUGACAAUGGCAACCAGGAAGCAGUUCAGGAGAUGGACCGCAUCUACCUGGCCUACCUCCAGAACAAGAACCGUGCUGAGGGACGUCGCUCCUACAAGGCUUACUUGCGCCACCUGGGGGAAAUCUACAAGUCCUGCGCAGAUUCUGAUGACCCCAACUGCGUGUCAUCCUAUACCAGCAGGCCCAAACCUAAACCUGAGCCACCCAAACUUGCACCAGUGAAAACCUGUGACCCAACCAAGGAUCCUUACUGCCUGUAUGCCGCUUUGGUCCAGGGCAAGAGCCCGUACCUGCCCCUGGUUCUCCCAGUUGCCACCCCCGCCCCUGCACCAGCCAAGGCCCCAGCCCCUCUGUACGUCCGCUCUGCUGCUCCAGCAAAGGAUCCAAAGUCAGGGUAUUACUACUACGCUCCAUCUGCAGCACCUUUCCUUUCCAAGGAGCAGAAGGCCGAGCUGCUGCGUAUCUGCUCCGCUGAGGACGUCGAGUGUCUGCAGUACCACCUGAGAGCUGCCUACGGGUACGUACCCUCCGCCGGGUCCCUCCCUUCUUACGCCCACCUCGGCUGUGACCCAAAGAAAGACCCCAACUGCAAACCCAAACUGGUGCAGAAAGCCCCCUCUGGUCUCUACCUGCAGUACCCCAACUGCGAUCCACGUGAUCCCUUCUGUGCCUACGCUGCCUCCCUAGCACCUCGUGCCCCUAACCCCCCUGCCCCUGCUGGCCCUGGAUCUUGCAACCCUCUGUUUGAGGAUAACUGCAACCCUCUUACCGCCACCAGAUUCGCCACUCCCCCAGAGGCGUACAAAAAUGAGGAAAAAGAGGAGGCCGCUGCCAUUCGUGCUGCCCCUUCAGAUGCUGAGCAGUACAAUGACCCCUAUGCCAUGUUUAGGGAUGCUUAUGCUAACGCUAACAGAGUUACUGAUCCUUAUGCUAUGUACCGCCAGGCUAGCGCCCCAGCUUCUCCUCCAGCUAAUGAUCCAUAUGCCAUGCUGCGCCAGUACAUGUCCCAAGCUCAAGUUAAUGAUCCAUAUGCUCCACGCAUGGAGGCUGCUCCAGAGUCUAACCCCAAUGAUCCUUUCUCUGCAAUCCGUGAGGCUGCGGCCGCCAUGCAACGCCGCGGUCCUCCCACCCCCAGGCAGCAGUUUCCGUUUUCCCAGCCGAAUUAUGAGGAGCCUGCCCAGGAAGAGCGCCACCCUCUGGGCCCCCCAGGUAAAACCAAGGAGGGCUAUGACUGCUUCAUCGGUUACGAUCGUGAAUGCUACCCGGUGAAGCCCAACGAGCCUCGCUCCGGAGUUCAACGCCGCAUACCCUUCCCAGCAGAGGCCUACGAGCCCCACGUGAGUGCUGACGGCACCCGCAACGGAGUCCUCGAGCCUUCCAACCCACACUGCGACCCCGAGUACGACCCUGACUGCCGCCUGCGUCGCUACGAGCCCGAGCAGGGCCACGCCGAGGCCCAGCCCGAACAUCACGCCGAGGAGGAUCACAACCAGGGGGCAGGACAUAGCGAGCAGCAGCCGGAGCAGGAGCAGUACGAGACGGAGCCCUUCCAGAGCGGCCAGGAGGAGCCUCACAUGUCCUACCCGCCACUCUCACAGGGUAUGCCCAGCCUCCAGGACAUACUGAGGCGCUACGGAGACCAGUUCCCUGAGCAGGAUGAUCACAGAUCUUAUGCAGAAGACUACCGCAAGAAAUAAACACACUAACAUACAUGCAUGCAGAUGGACAUGAAUACACAGUCCCCGUGCGUUCUCGUAGCUUAGCCCUUGACCGUCUCACGCAGCGCACAGAAAGUCCUAACUGGACCGGAUAUGGGACACACGUAAGAAGUCUAUGGACCCAGUGAGCGAGUCACAGAGGACGUCUUUAAAAUUCUCCACCUACACCUCUACACGUCGCUUCCAGCUGUAGGAGCACGCUCACAAAGCAGAGGGUGCUCCAGCAAUGUUUUCAUCUCUUUAGCUGCUUUAGACCUGUUGCUUUGGCCUAUUGCUUUCCAGUUUCCACCUCAAACCACUCGAAUGUGUAAUGACUUCUAAAUGCUCAGCUUUGCUUCUGUAUCUAUGCAUCUCCCAUUUGUAUUUGUUUGUUUUGCUUUUUGUCAGUGACGGAUUAUGUAAAGAUUUUUUUUUUUUUUCAUUUUGGAUGUUCUAAUAAAAAGCUCUAGGAAGCUGUUUUUGCA